AUGACAAUUUGUGUGCGGUAUGUUGAUACUAUACAUUUCAUUAUAAGAGAAGACUUUUUGGGAUUUAUUGAAAUGACAUCAACUACAGGAAUGGCAAUCAGAGAUGCAAUUAAAUAUAAACUAGAAGGGAUUGGUCUGAGUAUGGAUAACCUUAGAGGCCAAGGAUACGAUGGUGGAGCUAACAUGGCUGGUAAAAACAAUGGUGUUCAAGCUUUAAUUUCAAAAGAACAGCCACAAGCCUUCUACACUCACUGUUUUAGCCAUUCACUGAACCUUUGUAUUUCAAAAGCAUGUGCAAUUCAUUCAAUUAAAAACAUGAUGGGUGUGUGCGAGUGGGCUGCACACGAAACCGUUUUUUGUAGUGGACUGUAUGAGGGAAGGUAA